AUGAACGUGCCAAAUGAGCAAGAUAAGCUUGUAAAUGAAGAACAAGGUUUAGGAGAGGUAUUUGUUCCAUCUCAAGUUGUAAAGAAUUUUAAUGAGAUGGUAUCUGAUCCAAAUGUAGAAAAUAAAUUGAUAAAUAAAUAGCUUCAGUUACCAUCUGACAGAUCAGCAAAGCGUUCUUCAGAGAAUUAGGGAUAAAACUAGGUGCCUUUAGUAUAUAAUAAUAAAUAUUAGUUAACUGAUAAAUAGACUGCUUAACCAUUAAUUAGAAAGUUAGAACCACCCUAAGAUGAAUUAAAAAAAUUGAAUAAAUAAAUGAUUGGAUCUAAUCAUCAUAGUCAGGAUGAUGUAUCUAUAAAGAGUUCAGGAGGUGCUAAAUCUCCAACUUAAUGUAAUUUAUAAUUAUAAAUAUGACAGAGGUAACAAAUAGACGAGUAAAAAGAAUGAAUAGUAAAUUGAAGAAUAGACAUCAUGUUUAGAAAUAAUAAUCUGAUUUAUCUAAAAAGAUUUUAAAAGUAACUGAAAGCACUCCUUUUUCUAUAUUGAUGGCUAUAGUUACAAUUUAUGCACUCUUUGGAGAUGACAUUCGUAUACUGUCAGUUGAUAAAUAAGGAGAUGAUGUAUUCUUUGUCUUAACAGUCAUUUGUAUGGUUGCGUUUUUAGCUGAGAUAAUUCUUACGAGUAUAUGUAAGCCAGAAUAUGUGUUAAAUGUAAUUAUUUAUAAUAAGAUAUAGUUUUAUUUUGUUUUAGAUGUAAUAUCUACAAUUACAAUGAUAUUAGAUUUAGGAUGGAUUACUGAUACUUGGUAUUCAGGAGAUCUUUCCAGUGCUGCUUAAAUUAAAUCUAUUGGAACUGCAUCUAGAGCUGCUAGAAAGGCAGCUAGAGUUAUAAGAGUUAUUAGAUUAGUCAGAUUAGUAAAAUUAUAUAAACAUGCAAGAUAAUAAAUGGAAAAAGAAUAAUAAAAAAAAUUACUUUAAGAAUUAUUAAGAUAAGCAUAAUAAAGUAAAAGUUAAGAUUAAUAAAUACCAUAAUAAUAAUAAUAAUAAUAAUAAUAAUAAUAAUAAUAAUAAUUAUAAGUUACAUCUAAUUAAUAAGUACUUCCUAUUGUAUCUAAUAAUGAUGAAUAAAGAGGAUCUUAAAAUGAUAUUGAUUCUUCAAGAACUCCUGAUAAGAAUUCUAUGUAAUCUAGUUCUCAUUUAAAAACAUCUUAAACGAAUUCUGAAGAUUAAAUAAAAGAAUCUAUUGUUGGAGCUUAACUUUCUGAUUUGGUCAUGAGAAGAGUUAUUACUAUAAUUUUAGCUAUUCUUAUAAGUAUUCCAGUUCUUUCAUUGGAUACCUAUUAAGAAAUGAUUAGUAGUUAUGACUCAGGAAUAUAUAGAAUCUAUUAAUUUAGAAAUAAUAAUUAGAUGAUGAAAUCUCUUUUAAAUUAAUAUGCAUAAUUCCAUGUUUCUGAAAUAUUUCCAAUUUAUAGUGUAGAUGUUAAAUUAGAAGGUGAUUCAAAUUCUAAAUUACAUGAAUGGAGUUAUAGUACAGAUCCUGAAAUAUUUGAAUAACCUGCAUAUGAGACAAAAAAUCAAUACAGAUUUUCAGAUCUUCAAUAUUAUGUAAAAGCAGAAGGAUCAGAUUUAUAAACAUAUGCAGCAGCUGAUUUAGUAGUUUAUAAUUAAACAAAUGCUAUUUUAUCAAUCUUUUAAACUGUGUUUGUUUGUAUUGUAUUAGCAGUUUCAGCUUUAAUGUUUAGUAAAGAUGUUUCAGAUUUGGUUAUUGAUCCAAUUGAAGCUAUGAUGCAAAAAAUUGAAAAAAUAGCAGAAAAUCCAUUAGAAGCAGUAAAUAUUGAAGAAUAAGAAGAUUUAAUUAUGGAGGAAUUAGAAAAAUAAUAAGAUGUAGAAAAAUUAAAAUAAAAAGAAAUUGAAAAACAUAUGGAGACAUAUGUUUUACAAAGAUUGAUAAUGAAAGUUGGAGCAUUAUUAGCAGUUGGUUUUGGUGAAGCAGGUUCUGAAAUUAUAGCUGAAAAUAUUAAAAAAGGUGGAAGUGUUGAUCCAAUGAUUCCUGGUAAAAAAAUAUUAGCUAUAUUUGGUUUUUGUGAUAUAAGAAAUUUUACAGAUGUAUUAAAAUAUUAAUGUAUUUGUAUAGGCUACAGAAGUAUUAUAAUAAGGUGUAAUGGUAUUUGUAAAUGAGAUAGCUGAAAUUGUACAUUCAACAGUUGAUUCAAUGAGUGGAUCAGCUAAUAAAAAUAUAGGAGAUGCUUUUUUAUUAGUUUGGAAAUAUUCUCCAAAAGAUUAUCAUCCAGAUCCUGAUAAUCCAAAAAAUUUAAAGUUAAAGAAUGAUCGAUAUAUAAAAUAAAAAGGAGAUAUGGCUGUUUUAGCUUUUUUAAAAAUAAUAACUGCAAUUUCAAUUUCUAAAAAAUUAGAGAAAUAUAAAAAACAUGAGGGUUUAAAUGCAAGAAUGAAAGAUUAUUCAGUUAAAAUGGGAUUUGGUUUACACAUGGGAUGGGGCAUAGAAGGUGCAAUAGGAUCUGGUUUUAAAAUAGAUGCUUCUUAUCUAAGUCCUAAUGUUAAUAUGGCAUCUAGAUUAGAAGCAGCUACAAAAUAAUUUGGAGCACUUAUUUUGGUUAGUGGCAUUUUAAAAUAAUAUCUAACUGAAGAAUGCUAAAAAUAAAUGAGAAUGAUAGAUAUUGUUACUGUUAAAGGAAGUAUUGUACCUUUAGGUAUAAUUCUAUAUAAAUAAUAAAAGAAUUGCAUACUGUUGAUAUGUCCAUUAAGAAUCUAUAAUCAAAAAUCAAAGGAUUAAGAGAUAAAUUUGAUGUGUCUUAAAUGACAUAAAAGGAAUCCAAGAAAUUUAGAGUCUUAAAUAGAUUUAAGAGGGAAGAAUUAAUGAAGAAAGUUGAAAAUAAUUCAGUCUCUGUUUCUGAAUUUUUUUCAAUUGAUGAUGAAUUGGCUGCGGCAAGAGAACCUUAUACUUAAGUAUUGUUAUAUUGCAGACAUUUUAGGUAUUUUAUGAAACUUGGAAAUAAGGAUUUGAUUAAUACAUAAAAGGAUCUUGGAGUGAAGCGUAAUAAACAUUUUAAAAAACAUUAGUAAUUUAUUAUCUAUUAUAUUUUAUAGACUAUGAUACCUGAACAUAAAGAUGGACCUUCAAAUACACUUUUAGAAGUUAUUCAUUCAAGUGGAGGAAAAGCACCUAAAGAUUGGAAAGGAUUUAGAGAAUUAACAGAAAAAUGA